UUUCUGGCGCGCGGGAGGAGGGACGGGCGCGGGGCGGGGGUCCCGCCGCGUAGGCGGAGGACGCGGCGGUAUUGCGACGGCGGCGGGACGCGGCGCUCCUCGCGCCCCGCGGAAAAUAUCAAAAAUGUUUCAAAUUCCGGUGCAGAAUCUUGACAACAUCAGAAAGGUGCGGAAGAGGGUGAAAGGCAUCCUUGUGGAUAUUGGGCUUGACAGCUGCAAGGAGCUGCUGAAGGAGCUUAAAGGCUUUGAUCCAGGAGAGAAAUACUUUUAUAAUACAUCAUGGGGAGAUGUUUCUCUUUGGGAACCUUCUGGAAAGAAAGCGAGAUACCGAACAAAGCCAUACUGCUGUAGUCUCUGUAGGUACUCAACAAAGGUGCUCACUUCCCUAAAAAAUCACCUGCAUCGAUAUCACGAAGAUGAGGCUGACCAGGAGCUGAUGAUCCCCUGCCCCAACUGCCCAUUUGCCUCGCAGCCCAGGGUGGUGGGCAAGCACUUCAGAAUGUUCCAUGCGCCUGCACGCAAAGUCCAGAGCUACACAGUGAACAUUCUGGGUGAGGCGAAGGCAUCGAGGAGUGAUGUGAUAAGCUUCACGUGUUUAAAAUGUAACUUUUCCAACACUUUGUACUACAGCAUGAAGAAGCAUGUGCUGGUGGCCCAUUUUAAUUACUUAAUUAACUCCUACUUUGGCUUGCGAACUGAGGAAACAGGAGAGCAACCAAAGGCAAGCGAUCCUGUUUGUGUGGAUAAAAUCCUGCCAUUUGACAAGUACUACUGUAAAAAAUGCAGUGCCAUCGCCAGCAGUCAGGAUGCCCUGAUGUAUCACAUUUUGACAUCAGAUGCACAUAGGGACUUGGAGAAUAAGCUGAGGUCUGUGAUUUCAGAACACAUCAAGAGGACUGGGUUUCUGAAGCAAAUGCAUAUUGCUCCAAAACCAGUGACUCACUUGGCUUUACCUCCAAACAGCAGUGCUCCAAGCAUUGCACCCCCUCCACCCUGCUUCCAGCUUGCUUUGCCACAGAACAAUCAAAGCUCUGGCACUGUGCAGUCAGUGACUGUGGCCCCAGGCACUUCUGGGAGCCUUACACACUCCCCACCUACCACUGCCCAGUCUCAUGUAGCUCUGGUCUCCAGCUCUUUGCCUGUGUGCCAGAGUAGCCUCACCCUGCAGCAGUCAGCUCCCCCGCCUGUCUUUCUCUCUCACAGUGUUGCACUUAAUCAGCCUGUGAGUACUUCUGUGCUGCCUCUGACUCAGUCAGUUGGGCCUGUGAAUAAGUCUGUGGGAACAAGCAUCCUUCCUGUGAACCAAGCCAUGUGCUCUGUGAACCAAGCCGUCCGCCCUGGAGUUUUACCCCUCACUAAGCCCAUGGGGCCCAUGAACAGACCUAUGGGGCCCAUUAACAGACCUGUGGGGGCUGGUGUCUUGCCUGUGGGUCCCUCUGUUAACUCGGGGGUUCUCCAGGCUGCAUCUCCUGGGGUGAUUUCUGUAGGUCGAGCAGUUCCAUCAGGAGUCCUUCCUGCAGGUCAGAUGACCCCUGCUGGCGUGAUCCCCGGGCACACAGCCACUUCUGGGGUCUUACCUACUGGCCAGGUGGUCCAGUCAUCAGUUCUUCCUGUUGGCCAGACAGCUCCAUCUCGAGUUCUCCCUCCUGGCCAGACAGUGCCCUUGAGGGUUCUCCCUGCAGGCCAGGUGGUACCACCUGGGCUGCUUUCCCCAAACCAGACUGUCCCCUCAGGAGUUGUCCCUGUGAAUCAGGGUAUGAACUCUGGUGUUCUUCAGCUCAGUCAGCCAGUAACACCAGGAGUCCUUCCUGUGGGACCACCAGUGAGACCUGGUGUACUGCACCUCAGUCCGUCUGUCAGCACCAGUAUCCUGCCUGUGAGCCAGCCAGUGAGAGCUGGAACUUCACAAAACACUACGUUCCUUACUUCGGGCUCUAUUCUCAGACAGCUCAUUCCAACUGGGAAACAGGUGAAUGGAAUUCCCACCUAUACACUGGCCCCAGUGUCUGUCACUCUGCCGGUGCCCUCUGGUGGAGGCCUUGCAGCUGUUGGAUCACCACCCCAGGUGCCAGUGCAGUUCUUGCCGUCAAGCUCGGGCACACAGAUGGGCAGCUCCUUGCCCAGCCUACCCUCUCCACAGGUAUUAGUGAGCCCUGCCCCAAGUGUGUUUGUUCAGGCUACCCCACCUGUGGCAGAUGCAAAUCAGGCACUCAAACAGGCUAAGCAGUGGAAAACAUGCCCAGUUUGCAAUGAGCUCUUCCCUUCCAAUGUCUAUCAGGUUCACAUGGAAGUUGCUCACAAGCAGAGCGAGGCUCAGCUCUGCCAGGUUUGCAAUGAACUCUUCCCUGCCAAUGUAUACCAGGUUCACGUGGAAGUGGCUCACAAGCAGAGUGAGUCCAAGUCUAGUGAGAAACUUGAGCCUGAGAAGCUUGCUGCAUGUGCCCCAUUUCUGAAGUGGAUGAGAGAGAAGACAGUGCGCUGCCUCUCUUGUAAGUGCCUGGUCUCACAGGAGGAGCUGAUGCACCAUUUGCUCAUGCAUGGCCUGGGGUGCCUGUUUUGUCCGUGCACUUUUCAUGAUGUCCGGGGCCUUGUGGAGCACAGCAGGACUAAGCACCUGGGCAAGAAGAGACUGUCCAUGGAUUACAGUAACAGAGGUUUCCAGCUGGACCUGGAUGCUGAUGGAAACCUGCUGUUCCCUCAUCUCGAUUUCAUCACCAUACUGCCACGGGAGAAACUGGGAGAGCGAGAAGUGUACCUGGCUAUCCUUGCUGGAAUACACUCGAAGUCGCUGGUACCUGUGUAUGUUAAGGUGAGGCCUCAGCCUGAGGUUGCACCAAAGAUACCUAACAAACAGAAGCUGACCUGCCCGUUUUGUUUCGGCACAUUUAUGACGGCUGAUGCUUACGAGCUGCAUUUGAAGGAGAGGCACCAUGUCAUGCCCACAGUCCAUACAAUGCUCAGGUCUCCAGCCUUUAAGUGCAUCCACUGUUGUGGGGUCUACACUGGAAACAUGACCUUAGGGGCCAUCGCUGUUCAUUUGCUCCGUUGUAGAAGUGCUCCCAAGGACAGCAGCUCAGACCUCCAAGUCCAGCCAGGUUUUAUUGAGAGCAGUGAACUGCUGAUGGUCAAUGGGGAAGUGAUCCCUGAGUCCACCUUUCCUGUAAAGAGAAAGCUGCCAGAAGGCCAUUUAGGGCUGGAAGACCAGAGGGAUGAUGGGGAAGAGCCCCAGCUCACCCUAGAUACUGAUGCAAGCCCAGGUUCAGAGAAAGGGCUGAGCGCUGUGCCUUUGAAGAGACAGAAGAAUGAAAGCAGGACCGAGGGGUCAGGGGCCAGUGACGACUCACUGCAGGUGUUAGCAUUAGACCCCAGGAAGUAUGAUGGUCGCUCCUAUGAGGAAAAGAAACAGUUUCUUAGAGAUUAUUUUCACAAGAGACCAUAUCCUAGUAGAAAAGAAGUGGAACUGCUGUCAUCACUCUUGUGGGUGUGGAAAAUUGACGUGGCUUCAUUCUUUGGGAAAAGAAGGUAUAUUUGCAUGAAAGCAAUAAAAACUCACAAGCCCUCUGUACUUCUAGGUUUUGAUAUGUCUGAACUUAAAAAUGUCAAACACAGACUGAACUUUGAGUGUGAAUCACAAGACCUGUAGAAGAGUAAGUCUGGAGUCUGGCUGACUUUGGACACCCCGUCCCCACCUUUCACUCUGUUCUAAGUGUCUGAGGCCCUUCAAGGUGUUCCAGGUGCUCAGAAAGCCUGAAAAGGAAGCACACACUUCCACAGAUGAGCUGCUCUCUGCAGUUUGCUUUGCAGCUGUUUCAGUUUUUCCUUCUGUCAUGUAAAUUAAAUCUUUGGUAUUCCAUGCACGCCUCGUUUCCCCAUGAGUGUCGGUGUCAGUAGCACCAGCCUGGAAUCUACAAAUACUUGGUUUUUCAUUUUAGGGAAUUUCUGCUUGUUUGAGAAUACUUAAUUAAUAAAAAAUUAAAGCAUCGCUCCCUCUUAGUUUACAGACAGCAGCUAGUGACAGUACGUGUUUAGAAAAGCGAGUACUCUGUGUAUGGCUCCCUAGGGACAUACUUUUAAGCAUUGACUUCUGUUGAUUCUGUGAACGCUGUUUGCUUAAGAGUACAAAUUUGAUUUAUACUUUCUCAAGUGUCCCCUGACAGCUAUUUUUUUAAAUAUAAUUCAUUAAAAAAAACCCAAAUGUUUUCCAUUUAUUAAAAUAUCCUGAAUCUGAGGUCUGGUGUGUAGUAAUAAUCAAGUGUUGCUUCACAAAUAAAGUCUGUAGGAACAGAAAUGCUUUAUGGUGCAAACUGUCUUUUGCUGUGAUGACAAGUCAUUUCUCCAUUCAAAGGUAAGACAUUUUUAGUGCCUUUAAACUGAAAACACCAAGGUGCUUCCUUCCUUGGGACUGCUUGUAACCUAGUAGGAAGGAAGGACCCGUGAUAGACAUGUGGGUCCUGCUCUUGAUUUAGAUACAACUUGAGAUGGAAUUCGGGUUUCAGGCGCAAGGUGACAGGCAGACCAGAAGCUCUACCUGUGGUUAGAGUAGCUUGGGGUAGAUGUGUUAAGAGUUAGGUGUUCAGAUAAAGGGGACGGCAAAUCAAUGAAUUUUCACAGUCCCGUGGAUGCCAAAUCUUUGUUUUGUUUUCUUCCUUCCAUGAUAAGAAAUAAUGUAAAGCAACAGAAUUGAUACUGAGGACCAGCCAGCUCUGGUCAAACUCACCCCUCUGGAUGAUGUGCAGCAGCAGGGGGUUUGGCCCACCUGCGAGUAUGAGGGUUUGAUGGCCUCUGGGAAGCACUGAUGUGUUGCUGUAUAGCAUUUUUAAAAUAUAAUACUUGCAUGUGAUUACUAAAAUAUGGAUUUUGAGGCAGUUAUCUGUGACUAUUGGUAUACUCUAUUGUAAAUUCAGAGCUUGUUGGACUUUAUUUUUUUUUUAUUUUCAGAGUGUCUAUUUUUGAAUUAAAAUUUGUUAAACCACU